AUGUCCAACCUUGCAAAGCUUGAAUUUGUGGCUCUUGAUAUCACUGGAAAAAAUUACCUGUCUUGGGUGUUAGAUGCUGAAAUGCACUUAGAUGCAAAUGAUCUUGGAGAUGCUAUUAAAGAAGGAAAUACUGCAUCUAACCAAAUCAAAGCCAAGGCUAUGAUCUUCCUCCGGCACCACCUUCAUGAAGCUCUAAAGGUUGAAUACCUCACAAUAAAAGACCCACUUGUUCUCUGGAAAAAUCUAAAAGAAAGAAUUACUUCUCAAUUAAAGCUAUGUGGAGAAAAUGUAAGCGAUGCUGAUAUGUUAGAAAAAACAUUCUCCACAUUUCAUGCAUCAAAUGUGGUCUUGCAGCAGCAAUAUCGAGAAAGAGGCUUCACAAAGUACUCUGAGUUAAUCUCUUGCCUUCUCGUUGCUGAACAGAAUAAUGAGCUGCUCAUGAAGAAUCAUGAAUCUCGACCUACUGGCAGUGCUCCAUUCCCUGAAGCGAAUAUUCGAGGCCGUGGUCGUGGUCGUGGCAAUGGCCAUAGACGUGACCAUGGAAGAGUACCAAUAAACAAUUCUUCACACCAGAAGUGGAAGAAUAAUGGAGAAAAUGAAAGGAACAAGGGUGGUCAAAAUAAUAGACACGUUGAAAGCUCAUGUCUUCGUUGUGGUGGCAAAGGACAUUGGGUACGUACUUGUCGUACACCAAGGCAUCUUGUCAAUCUCUAUCAAGAACACAUUAGAAAUAAAGGAAAAAAGAUAGAGACAAAUCUCCUUGAAGAAAAUGAAGAUGAUCUAACUCAUCUAGAUGUUGCUGAUUUCUUUGAUGAUCCUAAUGGAAGGAUUGAUCACUUGAUUGGUGAUGGAAAUGUUUACAAAUAA